AUGAGAGGCCAUCAUAGUCAUAAAUUGGAUUCGUGCAAUUUCGUGGAACAAGAUGAGAAUUCCUUGGGUCCAACCAAACCAGGGAAAACGAGAAAUACACGGUCGCAUGUGAGCCGAGCACAAAGUCAUGUGGGCAACUACCUAGAGCUUGUCACUUUCUUCGCAUCCGACAGAUGCCCAUCCUAA